AAAUGAGAAAGAGUUCAGUAAGACAAUACAUGAUGUUGCUAUGACCUCCUGCAGAGAAGCUCAACAUCAAGAAAAACUUCUAAGUCAUGGCAAAGUGGCAGCAAGUUUUGAUGGUGGUUGGCAGAAAAGAGGAUCUGGAUGGAAUUAUAACAGUAAUACUGGCCAUGCAACUAUGAUUGGAAAAGAAACUGGAAAAAUAAUGCUCUGGGAUCAAAGAAGCAGAUCAUGCAAGACCUGUGAAUACCAUCUUGCAAAUCAAACUCAGAUUCCAGACCACCUUUGUUCUAAAAACUGGUAUGGGUCAAGCAAGGCCAUGGAAUCAGAUAUGGCAGUAUCGAUGGCACACACUUUAAAAAAUGAAGGGUGUGAAAUAAAAGUGAUACAUGCUGACAAUGAUGCAGCUACCACUUCAAAAUUGAAAGUUGAUUUUGAAGAUCUUGAAAAGAGAGAUGAUCAGAAUCAUUUGAAAAAGGGCUUAUCAAAAAGUUUGCAUCAAAUGUCUGUAAAGUACAAGGAACUUAAACAGGAUGAUACCAGAGAAUAUAUACUAAGAUGUUUCAUGUAUGCAAUUACGGGAGGAACAACUGAAGAUGAUAUAAAAGUAUCUCUAGACAGAAUUGUACCACAUAUAUUUGGCAAUCAUGACAGUUGCAGAGAGGUCACAUGGUGUAAAUAUAAGGAGAAUCCAACAAAUUUUAAGUAUAGGAGCCUUCCAGGUGGUAAUCCACUAACAAAUGAAUCCCUGAAAGAAGAACUAUUGGUAUUGGUAUCAAAAUAUACAUCUCGGUCUGAUGCUAUAGCAGAAUUAGGAUCAACACAGGCAAAUGAAAGCUUCAAUCAGAUGGCAUCUUCAAAAGCACCAAAGUCAAGACAUUAUGGAGGAUCAUGUUCCCUUAAAAACAGACUAUCUGCUGCAGUUCUUCAAAAAAAUGAAGGCUACAGCUACUUGCCUAAGGUUAAUGAGGCUUCAAAUCUCUCUCCUGGUGAUUUUACCACAUCUUUGACAUCAAAAAUGGAUGCAAAAAGAAAGAAAAGAAAGCAGGCAUCGAAUAAAAAAGAAAUUAAGAAAAGGAGGAUUUCCUUAAAGAAAAAAAAGAAUUUAAAUGAAAGGAAAAGCACUAUUAAAGAGGGACCCACUUAUGAGACACAAUUUGAACUAAACAUGGAUAACACAGAAAAUGUUCCUCAGAUUCCUCAGCAAAUUAUGAUAUCUGGUUCAGAAAGCAAAGUGAGUAUGUCAUAA